UCCUCCUCCUCUUCCUCCUCCUCCUUCCGCCGGCAGCAUGGCGCGGGCCGCCGCGCUCGCCGCCUGCCUGGAAGCCGUGCUGGGCAGCCGCAGCAACGCCAACCGCGUCUUCGAGAUCCUCGAGCUGCUGGCGGGCCGGGAGGAAGAGGAGGAGGAGGUGGAGGAUGUCCUCUGCGCCGCCAGGACCUGCAGCCGGCUGUUCGGGGCGCUGCUGGAGCGGAGGGAGCUGUUCGUGGGCCCGCUGCCCGCCGAGGAGGUCCCUCUCGGCGGGAACUACAGCGCCGAGGACAAGUACAAGAUCUGGAUGAGGCACCGCUACAGGGACUGCGUGGGUUCCUUGGCAGAGCUGAUGGGGCACGGAGCCUUCCAGGUCAAGGAAUUGUCACUCUGCACCCUCAUGAAGUUUGUUGAGUUGGAGGCACAACAUCCAUUGAUCAAAGCAGAGUGGAAGGGGUGCUUAACUUUUCCUCGUGAACUUCUUAAGGUCGUUGUCGAUGGCUUACUUCCCUUAAAUGAGGACGCUUCACUCCUGAUCUCUCGCUUUCAAGAAUAUAUGGAGUACGACGAUAUUCGGUACUUUGUCACAAAGGCAGUCACGGAGAGUAUUGGACAAGUCAUGCAGAAGACAAAAGAGAGGCCACUGCCGUUUUACCAGCAGAACGUAUUUUCCCUCAUUUCGCCCAUUAACAUGCCGAACAAAGAGAGUGACAUGGUCAAAUUUAUGGUGAAGCAAGAUAACUGGGAGGAGUUGAAAGUGUCAAAGCUGCAGGCACACAAGCAGGCGUUUGAAAAGAUGUGGCUCAGUUUUUUGAAGCACAAGCUUCCCACUGGCCUUUACAAGAAAGUCCUUGUCAUUCUGCAUGACUCCAUCCUGCCGUACAUGAACGAGCCCACUCUCAUGAUAGACUUCUUGACAGUGGCCUAUGGCAUAGGUGGAGCAAUCAGUCUUCUAGCCUUAAAUGGAUUAUUUAUUCUGAUUCAUCAGCAUAAUCUGGAAUAUCCUGACUUUUACAAAAAGCUGUACAGUCUUUUAGACCCUUCUAUAUAUCACGUGAAGUACCGAGCCCGCUUUUUCCACUUGUUUGAUCUGUUUUUGUCUUCAUCUCACUUGCCGGCGUACCUGGUGGCAGCGUUUAUAAAGCGCCUCUCCCGGCUGGCCCUCACUGCUCCUCCCGAGGCUCUGCUCAUGGUCAUUCCCUUCAUCUGUAAUCUCUUUCGGAGGCACCCCGCGUGCAAAGUGCUAGUACACAGACCUAACGGGCCAGAAGACGUGUCAGAAGAUCCAUAUAUUAUGGAGGAGGAGGAGCCAUCUGAAAGCAGGGCUUUGGAGAGCUCUCUCUGGGAGAUUAAGUCUCUACAAAACCAUUAUCACCCAGAUGUGGCCCAGGCAGCUGCUGUCCUGAACCAGUCGCUCUCUGAAAUCGAGGAUGACAUAUCAGGGCUCCUGGAGCUCUCGGCUUAUGAGCUUUUCGAUAAAGAAGUAAAGAAAAAAGCUGUCGAUGUGCCCCUGGAGUUUGAGCAAGUACGAGGUUUGUUUGGGAAGAAAAAUGAUAUUUUUGCAGAGCACUUCACUUUAGAUUGAUGCGAUCUCUUAUAAACACAUCUGCACAACUGACUGAUGUUAGGGACAUGCACAAAGCUCACAUGUUGUGCCCAGCAACUCUGAAGUAUCUCCAUGUGAUGAGAGCUGGACUGCCUGGGAAGGGUGCAGCCUUCUUCAGUGACCUUUGCCACUACCCAUGGACGGACUUUCCUUCGUUGCUUCUUAUUGCUCACACUUGCAUGUUGCCGCCUGAUAUUUGGGAGGGAUUUUGCAUCGGGGCAAAUUUUACUGGACUUGUUCGUUGCUGGGAUUCCAGCCUUUUUCUCCGAAGCUGCUGGUGCUGGCUGUGGUCGGUGACUGCAUCGACAAACCAUCUUGCUGCCAUUCGAUGGGACUGAGGGGCAGUGCAGUCUCUUGAUUACUGCUCUUAUUUUUCAGAUGUGUUACUUUCAUACUAGAGCUGAUAACCUGUUUGUAGCAAGUGACUUCAGUACAUAGCUGUGAACACCUGAUGAUAUUCUAGUGUUUUUAUAUACACUUUUGAACUUGCAUCUUCAGAGGGAUGUUUAACUUCUAUAUACUUGUCUUAACAUUCAGUUUGAGGCAUUGAAAGCUCAGGUUUGUCAAAAACAACUCUUGGAAGAUGCUCAGUGAUUCUGUCUAUGAAGUGUGCUGAUGUUCCUUCAUGUACAUCCAUCCCAUGCUGUAAGGUUGCUUUGGGAAUGAGGAUAAUCCUGGUGACGGCUGUAGCUAGGGAGGCCAACUGAUGUGCGGUGGGAGGUGUGUCUAAUCCUUGAUUUUUUUGCUUCAGAAUGAUAAGCAGCUUAAUGUAGCUUUGCUUGCAGCCUGCAAGUGUCGUAGGAGCUCUGGCCAGUGUGUAUCCAGGUGCUAAUCAAAAUUUAACCAGUCCACUGAUACCAGGUGUUUUUAAUUUGGUUUGUUGAUAUAGUUCCAAAAGUCAUACAGAAAUUCCUUCUGGCAGGGUUUUUCUGCACCCCCAAGGUUUUAAGUUUGAGAUUAACUCCUUAUUAAGAACACAGAGAAAACUCACUUAGGACUUUGCUUUCAUAAUAAUUUUCAACAACUUAUAUCUCAUUAGACUUUAACUCUGCUUGUGUAUUUUGAAAUCAUAUUUUGUGGAGGAGGAAAAUACAGUCAAGAAAGCGGAGACCAACAAAUCUGAUUCCUGGCAGACAAGUCUGAGUUAAGGAAAACUUCAGCUGUCCUGGAGACACAAAGUGCUACAUUUUCUUUAUCCAGUUGUCUUCACGCUUUCCAAGCGAUGGACAUGUGUGCAGAGUAUAGAGCUCUACCUCUUUUUUUUUUUCCUGAUGCUUUUGAAUGCAGGUGGGGUGUUUUUCAGGAUCCUUUUUUUUUUUCUUUUAAAAGAAGUCUCCCUCUCUGUUGUUCUCUGGUGAAAGAGCAAUCCUCUCUCCGCCCUGGCUGGCCUGCUUUUCUUUUUUCUUUGACUUCUGAUAUCCGUGGUAGGAAGGCAGAAUGGCUGAGAUGAUAACUUACAACUUGAGAGAACUCAAAGAGUUCAGGUUCACCCAAGCCUUGUAUUUCAGCUCUAAAAUAUAUUUCCCUAUAUCAUAUGUGCAUUGUACAUAUGUGUUUGGUCAACUUUUUGAAGUGCUCUGAUGCUGGGGUAAUGAGGACCAUAUAGCUACCUUCUAAAGAAGUAUUAAGUGUGCCAUCUUUCGGGUGAAAUGAAUGAAUAUAUUGAAUAUUGAAAUGAAUGGAUGCAUAUAUAUUGAA